AUGGCCGGCUUCGACUUCGCCACGGUCUACAGCGACUCGAGUUCCACACGAGGCUACUUCAACGGUAUUGCUGACGCCGCAGCGAUGCGCUGUAAGACGGGACAGUCGCACCUCUGGCGGGAAGAGAACAAACCGCGCGGCUGUGAUGGGCCCAACUGUCGCAACAAUCCAGGACGCCGUAACGGACGACUAAAGGCCGGGCAACUCGGCGGACCUGGUGGACGCACCGAAGAAUUUCGAGUGGGCUAA